AUGAUGAUACUGCGAAAAUUGAAAAUACAAUUAAAUAGAAUUAAUAAUCUAACCGAUUGUUCAAACAUCGUUUGCGAUAAAACAUCGACAAAUUCAUCUCAAUGUCCAACCGACAGCCACUUUGUUGAAGAUCAUUCUCCUCUUUUACGAACGUCAUCAUUCUCCUCAUCAAACGAUCUUUCAUCGUUAUGUUGUAAACCUCAAGGCCAAUGUGUCUGUUCGACAUGUCCAAAAACAAUCUGUGGAGAAAAUUCCAUAAUGCAAAUAUAUCGUACAGGCAAUCGAAAUAUUCCUGGGCAAUGCUGUGACCAAUUUAAAUGCUUUAAGAACUCGAAACAAUGUCAUCAUGAUAAAAAGAUUUAUAAUGAAAAUGAAACAUGGUCCAUUGAUCAAUGCACCACAUGUACGUGCCGUGCUGGCCAUGUCGAUUGUGCCAUGAUACAAUGUCCGACUUAUACACAUUGCGGGUAUAUGUACAAACCUGAAAAUGAAUGCUGUCCAAAAUGUGGAGGUUGUUUGAAUGAUCGUUCGCAUGUACAACAUAUGAAUUCAACUUGGAUCGAAUCAAAUGGUUGUAUGCGAUGCUGGUGUGAAGAAGGCCGAUCGCGUUGUAUUGCUGAAGGAUGUAUUGCUCCCCCUUGUGACAAUCCUCGUCAAAUAGAAAAUGUUUGUUGUCCAGUAUGUGGUGAUGAUGAUGAUGAGGAUGAUGAUCUUCCCAAUAUUGAUGCAACUACAUCAUCAUCAUCAUCACAAUUACAACCAACAAUAAAUAAGUGUCCCAAACUUGACAAAUGUUUAUUGACAUGUGAACAUGGUUUAACUAAAGAUGAACAAGGCUGUGCCCAAUGUGCUUGUUCGACCAUGUCAUGUCCCUCGCCAUUGUGUACUCUGAAAUUCGAUCGAUUAUCACAACAAUAUUGUUCCUGUGUAUCACCCCAUGAUCUUAAUUGCGGACAAUUAAAUUGUGAUAAACAUUGUCCUUAUAAUUAUUCAAUUGAUAAACGCACUGGCUGCCCAACAUGUGAAUGUAAUCCCUGCUCAUUAUUAGCUUGUACCAAAAAUUGUACGUACGGUCUAAAACGAAAUGAAGUUGGCUGUCCAAUAUGUGUUUGUGAGAGUGAUGUAAUAAAACCAAAUAAUACGAAAAAAACCGAUCUAAUUAAACAAUCAUGGCCAAGACAAUGCCAUUCAGGUUCAUUUUCUUAUUCAAAUGGUGAAAUAUGGUUUGACGGAUGUCGUCAAUGUUUAUGUCAUAAAGGUGAACAACUGUGCGCACUUAUCUCAUGUCCGGCUCUCAAAUGUUCACAACCUAUUCGUUUACCAAAUCGCUGUUGUCCCUCUUGUCCAGAUCUUCCGAUGUUACCCGAACCUACUCCAUCAUCUCAAGUCUGUUAUGCAAGUCAAUAUGUUACUGGCGAAGAACUCGAAUUUGAUACAUGCACUAAAUGUACAUGUUUACAUAACAUAGCAUUUUGCAGUGUAUCAUUAUGUCCUCCAUUACUUUGUUCAUCGCCAAUCUAUGAUUCUUCUCUAUGUUGUCCUAUAUGUCCACCGAAAAAGUCCGCUUCAUUACCAAAUAACGAACUAGCAACAAUCGAUGAAAGUAUUUGUAUACUCGACGAUGGAGUUGUCAAACAUCCAGGAGAACUAUGGAAGCAUGAUGAUUGCCAAUCAUGUCUUUGUUCACGUAGUGGUGCAAAAGUCGAAUGUUUUUCACAAACAUGUGAUCAAAAUUUACCAUGCUCAAAUCCGAUACUUAAAAAAGGUCAAUGUUGUCCUUUUUGUCUUCCACCUACGGCUGCUGUUGCUGUUUGUAUUUUCAAUUAUGUUCAAUAUCGUUCGGGUGAACAUUGGAAUGUUAGCGAAUGUCAUAGUUGUGAAUGUUUAUUUGGUACUAUUGUAUGUCAUCAACAUAAAUGUCCUUCAUUGGCUUGUGUACAUACUGUGACCUUAUCGGGCCAUUGCUGUCCUAUAUGUCGUGAUCAAUUACAUUUUAUAAAUGAUCAAGGCAAACUUCCUGUAUCUCAAUCACGAUAUGGUUUGACAAUCGCUAUUAUAUUUUGCAUAUUAAUCUUUAUCCUUAUUUUUGUUAUACUAAUUCUUAUUUUCAUAUUAUUACGCGAACGGCAUAGAUCUCUGUUAUCUACGAAUCAAUUAACAACAAUUCAUCAUCGCUCACCUACAAAUUCUCAUCGUUCGACGGCAAUGAAUUCUAAACCAUCGAAUAUAUUUUCAUAUGUUAAAUACGAUCUUAUGUCAACACCCAAUGAUAUUCAUAAUGCGAAUAUGAAUGCGAAGCAAAGUUUAUCAUCAUCAAGAAAUAUUCCAUUGUCAUCAGUUGAACAAACAUCAACACAUUCAAUGAUUGAAACAAAUACAACAACCAUAGGUACAAGUUCAUCACAUAAUGAAAUUGAACCAGUGACAUGGACUGAAGAUGAUGUAAUGUUGCCAUGUAGUGCAUCGACUAGUAAUGAUGAUGAAGAAGAAGAAGAAGAAGUAGAACAUGACGUAAUUAAUAGUGACAAUGAUAUAUCUCAUCAACAUCAACAUCAACAACAACUGUCUCAUACUCCAGUUCAAAUAAUUACUGGGCCUCCCACUAUCAUUUAUGUUUAA